AUGUUUGGAGACGAGGCGAUCAAGCUGAUCAAGGAGGCUGAAGCGAGUCAGGCUACGGGAUUGUUGAGACCUUACAAGUGAGUAUGAAACGGGGGUUGAAUGCGGGGAUGUGGUGUCGCGACGACACAACAGAACACGAGACUUGGGCGCCAGGGUUGCGUUGCCACUCCGACGAAUGCUGGGCUGCGAGCAUGGCUGUGGGUUUGCAACUGCAACUCUUGGGGCUUUUGUGCUGCCGUCCCCGAUGAGCCUCUGGUCAAUGGCGAGUGGCGAUGCGGAUACCACCAAAGCGAGCGCCGAGAGGAGAGAGCUGAAGGCAACCUUUUCUCCUUGCCCACCACCCCCCUCCUCCAUUCCCCCUUCUCGACACGCAGCGUCGAGACGGUGCGAGCGGUGCUGCUGGAAACGCGUCAAUUGCAAGCGCACAACGAUCAACUCAUCGCCAGCUAUCCGGGUGGAAAGGCAGCGGGAGAAGCAGCGGCAGAGGUGGACGCGUCGUUGGGUGCUCAAUUGCUGACGCACCAUCUGAGCGCCUUGCGAAACAAGCGGUGCUUGUUAGCCUACCACAAUCACCGCAUGGAUUUCUUGCGCAGAGCGCUAUGGGAUAAGGCUGGAAGCGCUCAGUUGUUGCUGGAAGAAGGCAGGGGCAGCGAAUUGGGAGCGCUGAAGAGCAGAUUGAGCGCAGAGGAGGUUAGGAGCAUUAGAGCUUAUGCGGAACUGCUUAGGGCUUACAAGGAACAAUUUUUGGACAUUGUCGAUCUGACCGCUCCUCUGCAUCGAUCUGGACAUGGCGCGGGUGAGGGUGGGGGUGAGGGUGCGGGGGGAAGUGCGGGUGGGAGGAUGAUGAUGGAGAGGGAUGUGGGACCGCCGUUGGAAUUGAUGGUCACCAUCGUGGCCAGGAGGGAUGCGAGGGAUGUGAUGACGGAGAGGGGAACGAUCAGUUUGAGGAUGGGAGAGAGGUUCAGAGUGGCUAGGAGCGAGGUGGAGGGAUUGAUAGUCAGGGGUUGGGUCAGCGUGGUGGAUGAGUAG